AUGGAGAGUUCUGAGGAAGUGCUGAGUGACCAAAAGCAGCAUUCUGCUGAAUGCUUCAAAGCUUUCCUGUUAAAAAACAGCACAAAAACAAACCUCAACCUCUACGACCAUCUGGUUCGCGUGCUCACCAGAGUGAUGAAUGAGCGUCCGGAGAACACAGUGGAUAUAAUUGAAAAUCUGAGCCUUGAGGUAAAGCGCAGCAUGCUGCAGGAGAAGCAAAGCACGCUGCGGGAUGCACCAUCCACAACCUCCUCUGAGCAGCUGGCUAAGCAACAGAAAGUGCUGUUUAACCGCAAGGAAGAACAACCUGAAGAGAUGGCGACACCUCUGCCCAAUGUGCCUGAGCUGACUUUCUUCCUGGAGCAGAUUGGGGUCGGUCUGGGUCGGGAGGAGAUGCAGAGGAUCUUUUUGGCCCUGAAGCAGCUGGUGGACACGCAGCCCCUGCAAUGCUGCCGAUUCUGGGGCAAAAUCCUCGGUAUUGAAGCGAACUAUAUCAUCGCUGAAGUGGAAUACAAGGAUGGUGAGGGCGAAGAGGAAGAAGAGGAAGAAAUACAUGAAGAUGAGGACAAAAAGGGGGAGGCUCAAGAAGACGAUGAGGAUCCACUCCCCACGUCAAGCUACAAGCCACCCGCUCCAGUCCCUAAGGAGCCUCAUCGCUCCGGCACCAACAAGUUCACCUACUUUGUGUGCAGAGAGCCGGGCCUGCCCUGGGUCUGUCUUCCUGACGUCACCCCUGCUCAGAUUACAGCUGCGCGACAAAUUCGCAAGCUCUUCACCGGGCACCUGGACACUCCCAUCGUGAGCUACCCACCCUUCCCAGGUAACGAGGCUAACUACCUGCGUACCCAGAUUGCCCGCAUCUCAGCAGGCACCCAGGUCAGUCCACUGGAUUUCUAUCAGUUCAGUGAGGAGGAGGAGGAGGAGGAAGAAGAAGGAGUGCGAGACAGCAUCGAGGAGAACCCUGACUUUGAGGGCAUCUCUGUGCGCGAGCUGGCAGUGUCGCUGUCACUGUGGGUCCACCACAUACAACACAUUCUCAUACAGGGUCGUUGUGUGUGGGUCAACCUGACUGAAAAGACAGAGGAGCUCCUUGAAGAAGACGAAGAGGAAGAGGAGAAGGAGGAACAGCCUGACGAGCCUGAGCCUGAGGUCGGACCGCCACUUCUCACACCACUGUCUGAGGACGCAGAGGUGAAUAACACUCCUCCUUGGAGUACCAGGAUCUCCUCAAACCUAAUCUCCCAGCACGCCAUUGCUUUUGUGCGCUCCAACCUGUGGCCUGGUGCUUAUGCGUACGUGUGCGGCAAGAAGUUUGGGAACAUAUACAUCGGCUGGGGACUGAAGUUCUUGGGCGAGGACUUUAGCCCUCCCCUGCCUCCUUCCCCACAGUCCGAGUACCUGAGUGGCCCUGAAAUUACAGAGGCAUUGGACCCCAGUGUGCAGGAGGAGGAGGCUCUGAGGGAAGAACUAGAGGAGAAGCAGGCUGCGCUGGAAGGCAACGAUGCGAUGGAAGCAGAGGAAGAUGAAAAGGAGGAAGAAGAUGAAGAAGAUGAAAAUGAAUACUGAAUUAGGCAGACUGAAGUCUUUUAACAUAUGCGCCUGGGAAGCACGUGGAACCAACUUCAAACUAUUUUUUUCCUAAUACCUGGAACCUGUCAAAA